AUGUCUCCCCCAGAGCAACAAGAAGGUCAGCCUCAAGCUGCCCACGAAGAGAGCAGACCAGUCUCUGCCAAUCCCAAUGGCACCGACAGCGACUCUAGCGAGCCCGUCGAUAUCUCCGCAGAGCUCGCCGAGAAGCCAAGUGAGCGCUCGGACGGAAAGCGCGAGCUCAAGGAACAGGAUUGCUACGAAAUCCUAGGCUACUCAUGGCCGCGAUGGAAGAAAUGGACUUACCUCGCUGCGGUCGCGUUCGUCCAGGUUUCUAUGAACUUCAACACCUCGGUCUUCCCCAAUGCUAUCAAGCCCCUUUCGAAAGCCUUCAACAUCAGCAACCAACAUGCCCGAACUGGUCAGAUGGCCUACCUGGUUACUUACUCAAUUGGUUGUGAGCUUUGGGCGCCUUGGAGUGAGGAGUUUGGUCGCUGGCCUAUCCUCCAGCUCUCGAUGUUCUUGAUUAACAUCUGGCAAAUUCCUGCGGGACUUGCUCCCAACUGGGGAACUGUUGUCGUCGCCCGUGCAUUGGGUGGUAUUUCUACUGCUGGUGGUAGUGUUACUCUCGGUCUGAUUGCCGAUAUUUACGAACCUGAAACGCAACAAUUUCCUCUCGCCUUUAUUGUCUUGUCCUCUUGUAUCGGUACAAGUAUCGGUGGUGUGAUUGGUGGACCCAUUGAGCGAUUCCUUGAUUGGCAAUGGUUCUUCUGGAUCCAGCUCAUCUUUGGCGCUGUCACCCAAGCCAUCAUCUUCUUCAUGCCCGAGAGUCGGUCGACUAUCAUUAUGGAUAAGGAGGCCAAGCGUCGCCGUAAGACAGGUGAAGACCCCAACAUUUAUGGCCCCAACGAGCUCAAGACUCCUCGUAUCUCUUUGAAGGAAGCCGGCAAGAUCUGGAUGCGUCCUUUCUACAUGCUUCUGAAGGAGCCUAUUGUGCUCUGCCUGUCUCUCCUGUCUGGUUUCUCCGAUGCUCUGAUUUUCACCUUCCUCGAAAGUUUUGCUAUUGUGUACGAGAAGGGAUGGGGCUUCGGAAUUCUUGGUCAAGCCUGGGCUGUUAUUCCCAUCAACGCUGCUUAUUUCAUCGGUUACUUCAGUUACUUCCCUUGGUUCUUCCGGGACCAGACACUUCGUCUCAGACACGGUGAUGCGGCUAUUCCUCCCGAGCGCCGUCUCAAGUGGCUCCUAUUCCUUGCCCCACUCGAGCCUAUUGGUCUGAUGGGCUUUGCUUGGACAUCCUUGGGACAAGAGUACAACGUGCAUUGGAUUGGAUCCAUGAUCUUCUCUGCAUGUGUCGGUAUUGCCAACUACGCCAUUUACCUGUCCUCGGUGGAUUACAUGGUCGCUUCUUAUGGUGUCUACUCUGCGUCUGCGACCGGUGGUAAUGCCUUUGCUCGUGACCUUCUGGCUGGUAUCUCCGCCAUGUAUGCGACGCCCAUGUACGAGAACAUUGGCGACAAAUUCCAUGUGGAAUAUGCCAGUACCAUUCUUGCCUGUCUGUCCUGUCUUGUUGUUCUUCCCAUCUACGUCUUCUACUGGAAGGGACCUCAAAUUCGCGCAAGGAGUAAGUUCGCUUCUACCCUUGCCAACGACCGGGCGCAAAACCAGGGCCGUCGUGUCAGCAAGAUCAGCCACGAGCCUUGA